AUGAAUAAAACCCAACCAAAAGAAGAAAUUAUUUUUUUCUUUUUUCUCAUUUUUCUUGUCUUUUUUUUUUCCAUUCUCCUUUUUUCCUUUUCUCUCUUUUGCUUUUCUCCUUUUCUUUUUUGCUCUUUCUCCUUUCUUUCCUUUUCUCCUUUCUCUCUUUGCUCUUUCUCCUUUCUCUCUGUGCUCUUUCUCCUUUCUCUCUUUGCUCUUUCUCCUUUCUCUCUGUGCUCUUUCUCCUUUCUCUCUUUGCUCUUUCUCCUUUCUCUCCUUGCUCUUUCUCCUUUCUCCCUUUUUCCUUUCUCUCCUUGCUUUUUCUUUUUUCUCCUUUCUUCUUCUCUCUUUUUUUAUUUUCUCCUUUUUCUUUUUUCUCAUUUUCUCUUUUUUUUCCUUUUUCUCCUUUUCUCUUUUUUCCUUUCUCUCUUUUCUCUUUUUCUCCUUUUUCUUCUUUUUCUUUUUUUUCUCUUUUCAUUUUUCUUUCUCUUCUCUUUUCUCCUUUCUCCUUUUUCUCUUUCUCUUUCUCCUUUCUCUCUCUCUUUCUCCUUUUCUCUCUUUGCUCUUUCUCCUUUCUCUCUUUGCUCUUUCUCCUUUCUCUCCUUGCACUUUCUCUUUUCUCUCUUUGCACUUUCUUCUUUCUCUCUUUGCAUUUUCUCCUUUUUCUCUUUCUCUCUUUGCUUUUUCUCCUUUCUAUCUUUGCUCUUUUUCCUUUCUCUCUUUACUCUUUCUCCUUUCUCUCUUCGCACAUUCUCCUUUCUCUCUUUUCAUUUUCUCCUUUCUCUCUUUGCUCUUUCUCCUUUCUCUCUGUGCUCUUUCUCCUUUCUCUUUUUCUCUCUUUGCCUUUUCUCCUUUCUCUCUUUGCUCUUUCUCUUUUCUAAUAUUUGCUCUUUCUCCUUUCUCUCUGUGUUCUUUCUCCUUUCUCUUUCUCUUUUCCUUUUCUUUCUCUUUUUCUCCUUUCUCUCUUGCUCUUUUUCCUUUUUCUCUUCUUUUGUUCUCCUUUCUCUUUUCAUUUUCUCCUUUCUCUCUUUGCUCUUUCUCCUUUCUCACUUUGCUCUUUCUCCUUUCUCUCUUUCUCUCUUUGCCUUUUCUCCUUUUUCUCUGUGCUCUUUUUCCUUUCUCUCUUUGCACAUUCUCCUUUCUCUCUUUGCCUUUUCUCCUUUCUGUUUUCGCCUUUUCUCCUUAUUCUUUUUGCUCUUUCUCUUUUCUCUCUUUACUCUUUCUCUUUUCUCUCUUUACUCUUUCUCUUUUUUUAUCUUUGCCCUUUCUCCUUUCUCUCACCAACCAUAUCUAUCUAUCUAUCUAUCUAUCUCUCUAUCUAUCUCUCUCUCUCUCUCUCUCUAUCUAUCUAUCUAUCUAUCUAUCUCUCUCUCUAUAUAUAUAUAUAAUAAAAAGGCUUAA